UAAAUCAUUCGGCCGUCUCCGUCGGAUGCCACGUUCCUCUCAAGUUGAUCGGCCGCCGUCGAAUACUGUACAAAACAGCUGACGCAGCAGUAGAACCGCGUUUGGGAGAAGUCUAAAUGUCUGACGAAAGCAUGGGCGGAGAGGGCGGCGAUGCGCCGCAGAUGGAGGACAAGAAGUUCUUCGUGGACCGCGCCAAAUCGGGGCGCGCCACGUGCCGCAAGUGUAAGCAGAAGCUGGAGGCGGGCGGUCUGCGCAUCGCCAAGGCGGGCCACAACCCGUUCGGGCCGGGCCUCAUGAAGCUGUGGCACCACGUGCCCUGCAUGUUCGAGGUGUUCGCCAAGCAGCGCGCCUCCACCGCCCGCAUCAACUCGCCCGACGACGUCGCCGGCUGGAGCGACCUCGACGAGGACGACCGCAACCACAUCCUGUCUUUCCUGCCAGAGGGCGCUGCUGCCGCCGCAGCCUCAGCGAGCAGCCAGAAGGGCAAGGCGGCGCCCGCGCCUGCCGCCGUCCCGUCGGCGCCCGCCUCCAGCGCGGGGAGCAAGCCGUCUGCGGAGGACCGCGCCCACAAAGACAACUCCUUCCGGGAGUUCCGACGCCUUUGCGCGGAGGUCGCCAACCUGCCGGCCUACGGCGACAAGACGGCCGCCGUGCGCAAGAUGUUCACCUCGGGCACCAGCGGCGAAAGCUUCAAAGGUGAUCUCCUACUAUGGGUUCGACUGCUCCUGCCUGGUGCUGUGAAGAGAGUUUACAAUAUCCAAAGCAAGCAGAUUGUGAAACUGUUUAGCAGAAUUUUGCAUGCUGACCAAGAUGAAAUGUUGGAAGACUUAGAACAAGGAGAUGUGGCUGAAACAGUUCGCAUCUUCUUUGAACGCAGCACCCACCUGCAACCUACGAAAAAGAGUACAUUAUCUUUAUAUGAUGUUGAUGAAUUUUUGGAGAAGCUUUCUACUAUGACAAAAGAGGAUGAACAAGCCCAUCACUUCAAACAAAUAGCAAAAAGAUGUACAUCAAAUGACUUGAAAAUGAUCAUUCGACUAGUGAAGCAUGACCUGAGAAUCAAUGCUGGUCCCAAACAUAUCCUUGAUGCAGUUCAUGCUGAUGCCUAUCAGGCAUUCCAGAUGUCACGUGACAUCUCUUCUGUUAUUGCACGUGCCACGGGUAAGAAUUUUCUGCAAGGGAAAGGCGAAUCUGGGAAGAAACAAGGAACUGCACCUGGUGGCAUGAGUAUUGGUGUUGCUUUGAUGACACCUGUCUUGCCAAUGCUGGCUGAGGCAUGUAAAUCUGUUGAACAAGCAAUGAAAAAAUGUCCUAAUGGGAUGUUCUCUGAAAUAAAGUAUGAUGGUGAAAGGGUUCAAGUUCACAAAAGAGGUGAUGAUUUCAAGUAUUUCUCUAGAAGCUUGAAGCCUGUGAUGCCCCAUAAGGUUUCCCAUUUUAAAGACUACAUACCAGAAGCAUUCCCUCAUGGCAAAGAUGUGAUACUUGAUAGUGAAAUCUUGAUGAUAGAUACACAAACUGGGAAGCCAUUACCAUUUGGUACUCUCGGUAGACAAAAGAAAGAGGGGCUGAAAUCUGCCAAUGUAUGCCUGUUUGUAUUUGAUUGCAUUUACUACAAUGGUGAAAUUCUACUGUCAAAACCGAUCAAAGAAAGAAGAAAGAUUCUGCACAGUGUGAUGACACAGAUACCAAACAGAAUUAUGUUCUCGGAGGCAGAGGAAGUUCAUCAACCAAAGCAACUCGAAGUAAUGAUUGAGAAGGUGUUUAAAUUGGGUCUGGAAGGGCUGGUUCUCAAGGAUCUGAUGAGCACUUAUGAGCCUGGCAAGCGUCAUUGGUUGAAAGUAAAAAAGGACUACUUGUUUGGUGGAGCCAUGGCAGAUGCUGCUGAUCUCGUGGUGCUGGGUGCCUGGUUUGGAACAGGACAAAAAGGGGGGAUGAUGUCAGUAUUUCUGAUGGGAUGCUAUGAUACAUACCGUGAUAAAUGGUGUACUGUCACCAAAGUACACACAGGUCAUGAUGACAAGACUCUUGAGAGAUUACAGGAUGAACUGGGGCCACAGGUGACAAAGAUUAGCAGAGAGGCCUCUCGUGUGCCCAGUUGGCUAAAUUGCACAAAGACAAUGAUUCCAGACUUUGUUGCCAAGGAUCCUAAGAGUAUGCCAGUGUGGGAGAUAACAGGAGCAGAAUUUACACGCCAUGAUGUGCAUACAGCAGAUGGUAUUUCUAUUCGUUUUCCCCGUGUUACUCGAAUACGCAGUGAUAAAGAUUGGAAGACAGCCACCUCCUUAGCAGAGUUAAAGGAACUUUAUAAGAAGUCAAAGGACAAUGCAGAUUUUUCAUUGAUACAGAGCUCUCCAAAAAGUAGUCCAGAUGUGUCGAAACGCCAAAGAUUAACAAGAUCGCGUUCACCCACACCUGUGAAGGACACAAGGAAGGAAUCUAAGAAGACAAGUAACAAACAAGAGGAAAUUGUGGACCAAGAAAUGAAGGAGGAAGUGAGUGAAGAAAACAAUAGUGCAAGGAAGAGAUCACUCAGUCCUAACAAGAGAGGUGAAAACUCUGGCUCUGGACAUAAAAGAAAAUUUGGCAGUAACCAGUCCUCUCCAUCUGAGGAGGAACCACGAGAUAGCAGUACACCCAAGAAGCCGCUGCCUGAUGUGUUCGCUGGCGUCCGUCUGGUUCUUCCUCCUGCCACCACCGACGAGGAGGCGCUGCUGCGCCGCUACUUUGUCGGAUAUGGUGGAACUGUGGUCACUUCUGUAGAUGACAGCACGCAUGUGUUGCAUCCUAAAGGCACUGCCAAGCGACCGACUGGACGGAGUGAUGCAAAGCACGUACGAAAAUCGUGGCUGUGGCAUUCUAUCCGUUUUCAACGACUGCAGCCUUUAUCGCCAUAUAAGGUUGUGUGGGUUAAGUAGCGACGUCUCAGAGAGUUCAUUUGUCGCUGGUUACAACGCGUAUAUUCUGGAAUAUCAACAGUGGAUAGCGACAUCGCAUCUGUAUAUCAGAACGAGUUCUCUGCCAUGUACAUCCGGCGGCAAAUUUCCUGAAUAAAGAGGAUAUAUUUUGCAUUUUCGUACCUAAGUGUACGAGGGCGAAAACCAGCAUUAUGCGACUCCUACAAUUAUCAGGAUAAAACUUGGUGUGGAAACUUGCAGUUGCUUAUCGUACAAUACAUUAUGCACGACAGUUUUGGGAAUCUGGCUAAUGGGGAAGGCUUAGUUAGGAAGAGUCCUUGUAAAAUGUAGUACAUUAAAUAUUUAACUACAAGACAGUAUGAUGCUGAACUCAUGUAUUUCGUGAUUUUGUCCUGUAUCGUACCUUGGAGUGCAGAAGUAUAUAUUAGUCCUGUGAACAUAUGCAAAUAUUUUAUCAACAGUGUACGAAAUUGUUGUUAAUUAUUCGGGAGUUUCUUGCUUGUUUGUCGGGAAUAGUGAAAUAUUCAAUUCAUGGUAUUUGUUAACUGUCAGCAA